GAAAUACAGAGUAACUGAUAUCUUCUUCAACCUAUCUUCUUCAACCUAAUUUCAGUUUUCUGGCGGAAAAACUUUCAUACAAUUAGCAAGUUUGCUUGGGAAACGUGAAUAUUAGAUUGAAAUCUCAUUUCCUAUUCGUUUCCGGGAUGAAUUCAGUUUCAAAUACGUCUCUAUUUUUCUGAACGGUUUUGGCGCGUUCCGAAACGCGUUUCCCGGUUUCCCCAUUCCAGGACGUUUCGGAAACGGUUCACAAUUUCAAAAAUGAUGCAAGGAGAAGAUGCCAAUGAUUUGGGUCGUCUUCAAUCUAUCAUGCAUACUAUUGAAUAUGCUUGCAGCUCAAUUCAGAUGCAUGUAAAUCCUGCUGCUGCCGAGGCUACCCUUUUGUCACUCAGUCAAUCUCCUCAGCCUUAUCAGGCGUGCAAAUUUAUUCUUGAGAGUUCUCAAGUGGCAAAUGCAAAAUUUCAAGCUGCUGCUGCGAUUCGAGAUGCAGCUCUUAGAGAAUGGGGGAUCCUCACAUCUGUGGAUAAGGGAAGCUUAAUUAGUUUCUGUUUGUGCUUUGUCAUGCAACAUGCAAGUUCAUCUGAAGGUUAUGUUCAAGCAAAGAUUUCGUCUGUGGCUGCUCAGUUAUUGAAAAGAGGCUGGUUAGAGUUUGUAGCUUCUGAGAAGGAGGCGUUUCUUUUUCAGAUAAAGCAGGCAAUUACUGGCUGUCAUGGCGUGGAUGUGCAAUUCACUGGAAUAAAUUUCCUUGAAUCUCUGGUAUCUGAAUUUUCUCCUUCCACUUCAACUGCUAUGGGCCUUCCUAGAGAGUUCCAUGAGCAGUGCAGGAUGUCACUGGAGGUGGACUACCUAAAGACUUUCUAUAGUUGGGCACAGGAAGCUGCUGCUGGUGUUACAAACAUAAUUAUGGAAUCUGAUUCUGAGGUCCCUGAAGUUAAAGUUUGCACUGUUUCGUUGCGUUUAAUGCUUCAAAUUUUGAACUGGGAUUUCCAAUACGGCUCCGGUGACCGUGCUAAAAUAAACGUAGAUGUCUUUUCUGUGAAAACUAGACAUGACCCUGUCUUUACAUGGAGGUCCGAAUGUGUUAUAGUGCAGCCUGGUCCUUCAUGGCAGCAGAUAUUGCUUUCAAGCGGUCAUGUUAGCUGGCUCUUGAAUCUCUAUGGAGCUUUGAGGCAAAAGUUCUCGCUCAAAGGCUACUGGCUUGAUUGUCCAAUUGCAGUUUCUGCUCGGAAGCUCAUUGUGCAGUUUUGUUCCUUAACUGGAAAUAUAUUUCCAGCAGGUAAUGUUCAAUUGAGAGAGCACCACCUUGUACAAUUGGUAUCUGGAAUUAUACAAUGGAUACAUCCCCCAGAUGUUAUAUCAAGGACAAUAGAAUCUGGGAAAAGUGAAAGUGAGUUGCUUGAUGGAUGCCGAGCAUUAUUGGCUGUAGCAACUGUAACUUCCCCAUUUAUGUUUGACCAACUCUUGAAAUCCAUGUGCCCUUUUGGAACAAUAACUUUAUUAUGUGGCUUGAUGAGCGAAGUUGUCAAGGUACUUAUGGCGACUAACACUGAUGAGGAGACAUGGAGUUGGGUAGCACGUGAUAUCUUAUUAGAUACUUGGACAGCACUUCUGGCGCCAUCUGGGAGUAGUGGUGGUAAUCAAUCGCUCCCAUUAGAAGGAAUAACUGCUGCAGGCUCUCUGUUUGCAUUAAUCGUGGAGUCUGAAUUAAAGAAUGCCUCUGCAACAGCGUUCAACGAUGAUGAUAGCAAUGACUACCUCCAGGCUUCGAUUUUUGGCAUGGAUGAAAGGCUGAAUUCUUAUGGUCUUAUUGCGAGGGCGUCAAUUGAGUACUCAGUUCCUUUACUUACAAAAGUGUUUCUGGAACGCUUAGCACAACUUCACCAGGUCAGAAGCAGCAGGUGUGAUCCAACUACAAUAUUGGAAGAACUUCACUCACUUUUACUCAUAAUUGGACAUGUUCUUGCCGACGAGGGAGAAGGGGAGUUACCUCAGGUACCAGAGGCCAUACAAACACACUUUUUGGAUAGCAUAGAAGGUGACAGGCAUCCAGUAGUGUUACUUUCGAGUUCCAUUUUACAUUUUGCUGAGAUGAGUAUUGAUCCAGAAAUUAGGGCAUCGACUUUCAGUCCUCGUCUUAUGGAGGCUGUUAUAUGGUUCCUUGCUCGGUGGUCUCGCACGUAUCUGAUGUGUCCUGAGGGUUAUGGAAGAAGUGACCCGGAUCAGCUUCAGCAUUCCAAAAAGGCGUUGCUUGACUUUUUUGGAGGACAUAAUCAAGGAAAACAUGCCCUUGAUGUUAUUGUUCGAAUAUCCAUGACAACACUGAUUUCAUAUCCGGGGGAGAAGGAUUUGCAGGAGCUUACUUGUCGCCAUCUAUUUAGUGGACUAGUUGGACAUGGGGAGAUCAGCGUCCACCUUGUUUCUUUGGAUUCAUGGCGUGAUUUGGCAAAAUCUUUUGUCACCGAAAGAAGUUUGUUCUCACUGAGUGCUUCUCACCAACGGUCUCUUGCACAAACUCUAGUUCUUUCAGCAUCUGGAUUGAGGAAUUCUGAGACAUCAAAUCAGUAUGUUCGUGAUCUCAUGAAUCAUAUGACAGCUUAUCUCCAGGAUCUGUCGGGAAAACAUGAUCUCAAGAAGGUCUCUCUGCAACCAGAGACUAUCAUGGUGGUGAGUUGCUUACUGGAGCGGCUACGUGGAGCUGCUAGUGCCUCAGAACCUCGGACACAAAAGGCAAUUAAUGAGAUGGGAGUUUCUGUAAUGAAUUCUAUUCUAACACUUCUUGACAUUUACAAGAAUGAGCCUGCAGUUGUCUAUUUGCUGCUCAAGUUUGUUGUCCAGUGGGUGGAGGGCCAAAUUAGUUACCUGGAGGCUCAAGAAACUGCUACUCUCAUCACCUUCUGUAUGCGUUUGCUUGAGUUAUACUCCUCCCAUAACAUUGGCAAGAUUUCUGUAAGUCAUUCGAGCACCUUAGCCAAUGAAGCAAAAACUGAGAAAUACAAGGAUCUGCGUGCUUUGAUUCAACUUCUUGCUAGCCUCUGCUCAAAAGAUCUGAUUGACUUCUCAACUGGUUCUGUCGACUCAGAGGUUAUAAGCAUAUCUCAGGUUGUUUUUGUUGGAAUCCACAUAAUUACGCCUUUGAUAUCCAUUGAUCUUUUGAAGUACCCUAAACUAUGUCAUGAUUAUUUCUCAUUGAUGUCGCACAUGUUGGAGGUUUACCCUGAAAUGGUCAGCCAACUAAAUGUAGAAGCUUUGGCACAUAUAAUUGCAACCCUGGACUUUGGACUGCGCCAUCAGGAUUCAGAAGUCAUUCACAUGUGCUUGAGAGCUUUGAAAGCCCUUGCUUCAUUUCAUUAUAAAGAAAUUAUCGCUGGAAGUGUGGGUUUAGGCUCACAUGCUAGUGGUGUCAAUAAUUCAGGGGAGAAUGUUCAGGAAGGAAUUUUGAGUCGCUUCCUUCCUUCCUUGCUGCAGUUACUUCUGUUUGAGGAUUACAGCACUGACUUGGUGAGUGCAGCAGCAGAUGCUCUCUUUCCUUUAAUUCUUUGUGGGCCAGAUCUAUAUCAGCGGUUGUGCAGUGAAUUGAUAGAGAAACAAACAAAUCCAACAUUCAAGACCAGACUAGCAAAUGCGUUACACGCUCUUACGAGCUCAAACCAGCUUUCUUCUACACUGGAUCGCAUUAAUCACAAAAGGUUCAGACAGAAUCUUCUUAAAUUUCUGAUUGAAGUUCGUGGCUUUCUGAGGAUGGUAUGACGAAUAUUUUCGAGGAAACAUGAUGUUUAUAUGUUGAUCAUUUUCACCCUAUAAACCACAGCUUGGUAGUGAUUAGGAAAUCGUCUUAGGAAAAGUUAAUACCAAAUGCCGUCCAUCGAUUAUCGGUGAAGCCAUGAAUGCCUUUCUGUCUAUUUCUUUGGAGAAAGUGGCAGAGCAGCUGAUAUCUACAUUAUAAAUUAGUUUAGUGAAUGAAUCUACUAUAGUUUGAAUGUUGCUGAUAAUGUGAGGAAUGAACAAUAAUUUUCUGGUCA